ACUUCCUGUUUGGCUCGUGAUGUGUUCUUCUGUUACACCAAAGGUUGAAUUUGCCAUACAAGAACGCCAUACUUGCAAAACAGUGGCAAAACGAAAGGUAGCGGCUCUGCCGUUUUCAACAGCAUUUCUAUUGUGUGAAGACUUUGAAUGCAACAGAUGGAGAUUUUUAGGGCAUCUGUGACCCUCUUAAGUCUCUGUCUCUUCCAUAGCAGCCUAUCUGAAACACAGAGCAUGUGCAAAGGUAAUCUACCACCAGUUCAUCAUGUGGCAUUGAAUAGCAGUGUUACUGUACCCUGCCCCGUACUCAGUGCACCAGAAAUGGUCUUCAGAUUAUAUAAAGGCUCAAAAGAGAUCUUUUUUAUCAGCGUUAAUAAUACAAUCAUCAGCAAAAAUGACAACAGCCCGAGGAUGGAUUUCACAGUUAAUGUUGCGGAUAACAGUACCAGUUUUAUCCUGGACGGUGUAACAAUAAAUACUACAGCUCUGUACACCUGCGAGGCCGAGAGAAUCUUUCCUCCUCCAUUUCAGCAAGUGGAGCACAAACCACAAACCAUUGUGUUUGUUGAAGAGAGACCAGUUAAACAGCAUUCUGUCUGUCAAGAUGUCAACCACCUGGUUUUUUGGGUGGUGCUUGGAGCCAUGGCCAUAUAUGGGCUGUUAACGACUUGCAUCGUUUUCAUUCUGCGGAUCAAGUUGAGUCAAAUGGAUACUCCCUUCAAGGACAGAGAAUGCAGACGGAAAUGGCAGGGGGUUCAACAUCCAACCUGGCAGGGCUGUUACAUAGACACUGUAGUAUGAGACUAUCUGACAACAUUUAACAAACCCGGUCAAGAACAACCACUAAAGCAUCACAUCACAUCAGCCAUGUUUUAAAAAGGGCACACUGCAUUCUGAGAAAAAUUCUACUACAUUUGACAUUUUUCAUAGUUUUAUAUUUUCAUUUAACCCAUUAUUAAAUGUAGCCAAAAUGUAAUUAGCUUUGCUAGUAUAUAUUUUUUUGUUACAUUUAUUUGCAAAAUAAAUAAAACAACCUUUUCCCUUUUUGAUACUGUAUGCACAUAUGUUUGCCUGUCUGAAAAGGACUACUAUAGAC